UCUACGGCGGCGGUCGCUAUGGAGCGCUACGCAGGGGGCUACGAGGAGGCAGCGGACGGCGCCCGGCAACAGGAACGGCACUACCAGCUGCUAUCGGCGCUGCAGGGGCUUGUCAAGGAGCUGCCCAGCUCUUUCCAGCAGCGCUUGUCCCACACCACCCUCAGCGACCUGGCCCUGGUGCUCAUCGACGGCACUGUUUUCGAGAUAGUUCAAGGAUUGCUCGAAAUCCAGCAUCUCACAGAGAAAAGCCUUUACAACCAGCGGCUCAAACUGCAGAAUGAACACCGAGCAGUGCUCAAGCAGACGCUGCUUAACAAGCACAAGGAGGCCCAGCAGGCCUGCCGGCCCCACAACUUGCCUAUCCUGCGGGCGGCCCAGCAGCGGGAGCAGGAGGCCGUGGAGCAUCGCAUCAGGGAGGAGCAGAGGAUGAUGGACGAGAAGAUCGUCCUGGAAUUGGACCAGAAGGUGGUGGAUCAGCAGAGCACGCUGGAGAAAGCCGGGGUCACGGGCUUCUACGUGACCACAAACCCCCAGGAGCUGACUCUGCAGAUGAACCUGCUGGAGCUCAUCCGGAAGCUGCAACAGCGAGGCUACCAGCCCGGGAAGCCCUUCCCCUGAGCCCGGCCGCACGGGCCCUCGGAGGGCACGAAUCCCGCUUUUACUGUCCAAGGACGCCUUUUCCUCCCAGGACGGCGGCAGCCGCCCGCCUGUCCCUGGACUCUGGGGGGAGGGACGUUUCCAAUUAAAAUCUGAACUCGGA